CACACACAUAUACCCACGCGUGCGCCUCUCGCUCCCUGACUCGAGUCAGUGCUUGUGUUUUCAGGUUGCUCAGACCUGAAAUCCAAGGGAAAAAGCUCAGCGUUUGCGUCGCUGCUCCCGCUGCUGGUGGUGGUAGCGGUGAAGAGGAGAGAGGGUUGUUUCGUUUGGGUUUUUUUUUUUUUUUUCCCCUUGAAUUCAAUGGAUCUGAACUUGGAGUCUUUGGACCUCGGCGGUUUUGGAAUAUCUACAUGCUGAUCCUCUUUGUUGUGGCACAUCAGCUCGUUUGGGGAAACCAUCCGAAGACAGCAAGAUGUUUCUCGCUAUCUUGUACUUCGCUUUGCCCUUAGUGGAUGUACUUUUGUCCGCAGAAGUGAGCGGGCUGCCUGGAGGGGACCGCCUUGACUGUGUGAAAGCCAGCGAUCAGUGUCUCAAGGAGCAGAGCUGUAGUACUAAAUACAGGACACUGAGGCAGUGUGUAGCCGGCAAAGAGAGCAACUUCAGCCGGGCGACAGGCCUGGAGGCAAAGGACGAAUGCAAAAGCGCCAUGGAAGCUCUCAAGCAGAAAUCUCUGUACAACUGCCGCUGUAAGAGGGGCAUGAAGAAGGAGAAAAACUGCCUGCGCAUUUACUGGAGCAUGUACCAGAGCUUACAGGGAAAUGACUUGCUUGAAGAUUCCCCUUAUGAGCCAGUUAACAGCAGACUAUCAGACAUAUUCAGACUAGCACCAAUUGUAUCAG